GUCCUCCUGUCCUCUCCUCUUUGGAAAUCCCUCCAAUUUUUUUCCCCACGUUUUAUACCCUCCCCGCCACUGACGACCGAAAUUUCCUAGCCCCGCCCUUCUCUCUCUCUCUCUCUCUCUCUCUCUCUCUCUCUCUCUAUCUCUCUCUCCUUCUAGGGUUUCAUCGUCUUCUUCCCCUGCGUUUCUCUUUUCUCCGCCCCGAACCCCCUCCCUCUGCCCUUCUACGGUUUCAUCGCUGCCCCGACCUAUGAAACCCUAGCUUCGUCGGUCGAUUCGAUCCGAUCCGAUCCACUCCUUCCCAUGGGCGCCCUCACGGACAACCGCAAGCGCCGCUUUGGCGACCACAAAAGCCUCCCCUCGGCUUCCUCCCCCGCCUCCCUCGUCCUCCCCCCUCCCAUGGCGAAGAGGAUGAAGACGACGCCGACUCCGCCGCCGCUCGACGACGGCCCACCGCCGCCUUCUCCGGCGAUGCCGCCGCCGAACCUGGAUUCCUCCCGGGCGGCGCCGUCCUCGCUUCGCCGGUUCCCGCCUCCUGCCGCGCCGCUGCCCCGCGCCGUCCACGCUCCGCAGCGGAGUAUCAAGGCCUUCGGCCUCGGAUUGUUGAAUUCUCGUCGAUCUCGGCCCCCUGAACCCUCACUUGCUAAGGAAAGAGAUUCCGACAAGUGGAGCCCUCCGCUGCAGUUCCUCUCGGCGAAGAAAGCCGCCCCCUUUUCGUCAUCUGUGCCCCAGAAAUCCUUCGAAGAGGAGGCGGAGGCGGAAGGUUGGGGGUUGGGAUUGGAGCAGUAUAAGAGGUUGGUGGACAGUGUACAGAAUGGGCAUUCCGUAGCAUCCGAUCUUGUAUCAGUAAAGACCCGAUUCCCGCCUUCGCAAUCCAUAACUGUUUCGGAGCUUACCAACAAAUCGUCGCUUGUAGUUAGGCAGAGAGUGGAAGAUGAGAGAAAGAAGGUUUCUUUGGAGCUUUCACCUGUGCGUGAGUUGAGUUCUGUUAGGAAGGUUCCUUUGUACAAGGAGCUGUAUGAGGAUUCUGUAAGGAAGCAUGAUUCUAGGUUGCGGGAUCUUGAAUUCGAGGUGAAGUUGGCAGAGAAGAAUGUAACUUCGUUCCAGUUGCUCAAGGAGGUUCUGGACUCCAUGCCCACAAAGGAAUUGCGCGAACCCUUUACACCUCUUACCAAUGAAGAAGAGAAUGUUGUAGACAGCGCUUUGGAUGGUGCUAACAGCCGAGAAGAAUUAGUCACACAUGAAAGUUCUAACAUUGUAAUAACUAGAGAGAUUUUACAGUGCUUGAGAUAUGGUGCUUGGUUGAAUGAUGAGGUCAUAAAUUUGUACCUGGAACUAUUGAAGGAGAGAGAAAGAAGCCAACCAAACAAGUUUCUAAAGUGCCAGUUUUUUAAUACUUUCUUCAAUAAAAAGCUGAUUAGUGGGAGCAAUGGCUAUGACUUCAAGGCGGUAAGAAGGUGGACGACACAAAGGAAAUUAGGUUACAGCCUUAUUGAGUGUGACAAAAUAUUUGUUCCCAUUCACAAGGAGAUACAUUGGUGUUUAGCAGUUGUCGAUGUUAAGGAUAAGAAGUUUCAAUAUCUUGAUUCACUUGGUGGCAUUGACAUAAUGGUGCUGAGAGUUUUGGCAAGAUACUUGAUGGAUGAAGUGAAGGACAAGAAUGCAAAACAGAUCGACACAUCUUCACGGAAACAAGAAGUUGUUGAUAACCUUCCUUUACAGAAGAAUGGGUGGGACUGUGGGAUGUUCAUGCUCAAAUAUGCGGACUUCUAUAGUAGAGGCUUGAGCCUCAGUUUUAAGCAGGACGACAUGACAUAUUUCCGAAGGAGAACUGCAAAGGAGAUUCUGCAGUUGAGAGCUGAAUGAAUGAAAUAUGCAGCAUUAUGUUAGUUUUAUCCUCAAGUUUUGACGAGUUAGAAACAAUAGGAGCUGCAAAAGAGCUUGAAGGCGGGAUCUAUUAAUUAUAAGUAGCUGCAGACAAUCUAUAGAUGCCUCGAAUCCUCAGUUGCUUGGUGGGGCAUUUCGAAAUGACUCGGCCUCUUAGGAAUUUGCUAAGUUUAGUGAAUAUUGCUUCCAAAAUGGAUACAAAUGAGGCCAUAUAUAUUGGAGAUAUCAAAUGGCGAGAGAGAUGAAAGGUUUUUGUCCUCUUUCCUGAUGUGGUUGGAUUUUCCUUGCCUGUCAGGUUAUUAUUCAAUUGUUUGCCUCUUUUUGUUUGUUUAUCUUUUUGAGCCUUUCACCUAAU